AUGUCUCAACAACUUGUUCAAAUCGAUAGAGAACAUCUCAAGAAGCUCUAUGCUGAAGAAGAAGCUUUGUUCUUGAAGAAUCACCCAAAGUGUCGUGACGCCUUUGAAAGAGCUAAGAACUCUCUUCUUGAUGGUGUACCAAUGCACUGGAUGAAGAAGUGGACUGGUGGUCAUCCAUUGUUUGUUAAACAAGCUAAAGGAGGUCACUUUACCGACUUGGAUGAUGUUAAAUUUAUCGAUUUUUGCCUUGGUGAUACUGGUUCCAUGACUGGCCACUCUCCUGAUGUUGUCGUUGAUUUUGUUUCAAAACAAUUAAAUAAUGGUAUUACUUAUAUGUUACCAAACGAAAAUGCAAUUUGGGUUGGUGAUGAUUUAAAGAAGCGUUUUGGUCUUCCAUACUGGCAAGUUGCUGUUUCUGCAACUGAUGCCAACAGAUUCACUUUACGUAUUGCUAGACAUAUUACCAAACGUCCAAAGAUCCUUGUUUUCAACUAUUGCUAUCACGGAACUGUUGAUGAAGCUUUUGUCACCCUUGCUGAUGAUGGUGUUACUGCUGAAUGUCGUGCUACAAAUAUUGGUCCACAAACCAAUCCAACAAAUACCACAAAGGUUGUUGAAUUUAAUGAUGUUGAAGCUUUGGAAAGAGCUUUGGCUCCUGGUGAUGUUGCUGCUGUUUUGUGUGAACCAGCCAUGACAAACAUUGGUAUUGUUCUCCCACACCAGGAUUUUUAG